AUGGCCUGUGUUACACCGGACGUGGAUCCUAAGAUCACCCAGUUUCUGGGUAAAUCGGAUUGGAAAGCUAAAAAGGUACUAGACUAUUCCCUGCGACACUGUCAGGACAAAGUCUUAGACGUGUUAGGGCCUGUAGCCAAUAUCUUCGACAUGGUCAAAGCAGCCCUGACCGAGGGGACACCAAUAGACCUGUUGGCCAUCAGAGGAUGGAUCCAGAGGUCCAUAUGCUUGAUAGACAAUGCUCACACUGCGUUGGCCACUGAACAGCGCAAAGCCAUCCUGAUGAAAAUUGAGCCAAAACUCCUCAAUCUGGCAAUAUCUGAGCCUGGCACACAAGCAAAAGGUCUCCUGUUCGGAGAACUGGGCAAAUACGGCACUAGACAAAGCACAAAUUAA